CUAUGGAUCAACGGAUAUCGGGAGGUGAGGAGUGGGAAGGUGAGGAGGAUGAGGAGGGGAAUGGCGAUGAGGGGGAUGAAGAUGAGGAGGGAAGUGGUGAUGAGGAGCGGGAUGGCAAUGAGGAAGGUGAAAUGGCCAUGGAACAAGUGGGAGAGGAGUGGGAAGGUGAGGAGGAUGAGGAGGGGAAUGGUGAUGAUGAUGAUGAUGAUGGUAGAAGCUCAGGAGAAUGAUUGUAGCAAGUCAGUGCAUCACCUG